CAGAUCAGAGAGAGACAGAGAGAGAGAAGAGACGCAAGCCGAACUCUUCCACUUCAGGAUGUUUCCCCGGGUCUCUCGCCUCACGUCUGACCGUCGGCCUGCGGAGCUCAGGCCAGCGCUUUGGAAGUAGUUUUGAGGAAACUUUCGGCGGCUCUCUUUGCUAAUUCGAGAAUUGCUGCUCGAGCGCACGGCUGCGGAGGUUAGCCGCCGAAGCUAACGGGACUUGGACGUGAGAUAGCACGAGCGGUUCAACGUUCGGCACCAGAACCUUCGCAGCGCCGCGCGAGCAACGACAUGCGGAGCAUGACUUGCAUCUCGGUGCUGCUGCUGCUGCUGUCUUUUUGGGGCGACUCGUGAUUCCGCCGCCUCGGAAACCAAAGACACGACUAUGAGGUUGUCGGGAAAUCUCCCGAUGCAGGUGUAUUGUUGAGCCGUGACUCUUUGACGUCGCGAAGGAUGUCCCAGCCGGACAGCACCAGUUCGUAUCUCGGUUUGGAGGACCCGCAGUGGCUAUGCAUGGUCACCCUGUUCGCCGCGUCUCUGGUUACGCUGGCUCUCUACUUCAUGCAGUAUUUCCAUCCCGGGCUCGUUGGAAGCAGGCAGAGAGCAGCAGCAGCUGAGGAGGAGGAAGCGGCGGCUCUGCUGGGAUGGGCGCUGUCAAAGCAAAGCUGGAAGAGCCAAUGGAGGGGAGCGUGGUGCAGGGCUCUGACUGAAGAGGCAGCCAAGCGUGGGGGCGAGCUGCUGCUGACGUUUGAAGAAGGUGGCGUCCAGGCACCAGAACUCACCGUCCGCGCCGUGUCCGGCUUUCGGAAAUCGGCCACAAACAAGGCCGCCUCCUGCAGCGUGGUCGGAGAGAAGCUUCAGUUCUCUCUCAGCGCAGCAAAGUCAGCCGGAGCGGAUCCUCGCAAAUACACGGCAUGCAUCGCUCCAGUAGAGCUGCAGCUUCAGCUAAGCAUGCAGGAAGUCCAAGAUGAGAUCAGGGUGAGCUGGGAAAUGUCCCGUUUGGACACAGAGGGUCUGCAUGUGAUCCCCGACCUCACACAGGAUGCUGCCAACACGUGGACUGCAGCGGCCGUUAAGGAGCAGCUGAUGCAGCUGCUGUGUGCGACUCGCCCCUCGGUGCUGCUGAGCUGCAGGCCCGCUCAGGCCUCACAGCGCAAGGAAGCUCAUAACAAAGUGCUGUCGCCGCCAAAGCCCCCCCGCGCCCACGACUGGAAGCUGCUUGUGAAAAACACUCGGGUCACACUCAGUCAGGAGGAAGAUGCUGCAGGCAGCGUGAAUCCUCUGUGUGUGCUGCAGCUGGACGAUCCUCCCCAGAGGUUUAGCACCUCCGUUUUGAAGAACACAACCACUCCUACCUGGGAGCAGCCAUUUGUCUUCGAGCUGAAUGGACGAUCAAAGGAGCUUUCUGUGCAGUUGAUGAAUGAUGGUCAACCUCCAGAGAGUUCUCUACUCGGGAAGGUAUGUGUGCCUUUUGAUCUCGUGAAGAAGCAACCCAAAGGACAGCAGACAUUUGCACUUAAGACCAAAGACUCUGUGACUGGAUCACUUACUACUGAGUUUACCUAUCUAGAGCCCAGUGAGGUGAGGUCCUGGCAGCCUCCCACUCCAGCUGCCUGCAAGAAGGUGGAGAUGGACCGGACCGUGAUGCCCUGCGGCACCGUGGUCACCACCGUCACCGCUGUGAAGAGCAAGCCUGGGCGACCGCUCCCGCUCAACAACACUGAGCCCGCCCUGAAGACGGUCGACAGUAAGACCAAGCUAGCCGAGCGCCGGGUUUCAGAGCAGGCGUCCCCGCUGGGCGGCGCGGUGAGCAAGGCCUUAUCGUCCUCCGAUACGGAGCUGCUCAUGCUCAACGGGACUGACCCGGUGGCCGAAGCGGCGAUCAGACAGCUCCAUCAGUCUGCCAAGCAGAAGCUCAAGUCGCCGGUGAAGAAGAGCACCAUCAUCAUCUCAGGCAUCGCCAAAACGCCCUUGUCUCAGGAUGACGAACUCGCUCUGAUGGCGGGCUACGCGGCACAGAUGGACGCCUCGAUGUCGGAGAGCAGCUCCACCCAGGACGUGACCACGGCCGUCGCGUCGGGUACCAGCAGCGUUCCAGAGGGGUCGGAGCCCCUUGAGGGCCCAAGCGGAGUCGGCCGGCCCCCAGAGGACUGGGAGAGUCAAACUGAAGGAGCGCUAGACAACACGUCGUUGUCCAUGUGUGUGUCCGAGGCGAGCUGCAAGAAAAGCAGAGAGGAGAGCAGUGCUAAGCAGACUAUUUACCCUGAUGAGGAGCUUCCUUCAGAAGAGCGCCAAGCUCUUCUUCCGGCGUCGUCACCAGCGCAAAGAGCCGGGGAUGAGCCAGUCGCACAACGACCUGGUUUACCUCGAGUCUCCGGCUGCAGUGGAGCGGGCCAGCAGAACCGCCACGCUCAGCCGCAUGCUCGUCCGCAAGAGCAAGGGCAGCAAGAACAGGAGCAAAGCUAACGGCUCGACUCCCUCGGGGGAUCCGCGCGCGUGACCUCAGCCUCUCUCACAGCCACCAUCAUCACCUCCAUGUCAAAGAUGCACUGGCAAAACAUCAAGGCUAACCUUGCUCCUCGCUAGCGCCUAGCCUGCAGUCGGGAGCCACCGCACUGUGAACAGGAAGGCUCAACAUAAGUACUUCCUGUAAAGUCCUGACAUUUUACAAACUGCAUGGGUUUACACGUCAACAAAAGCGACCUGUCCAAGGUCGAUGGCCGAUAUCAUUUAGCUUGGUUUCUUUUGAUCUAUUUUUAUUUUCCUUUUUUGGGAAUAUUAAGUGCUUUUGCGACCCCGUCACAGACCGAUUGGGACUGAUGCGGGCCGUCUUGUCUUUACCUCACCGACGCAGAAAUUCUCCCUGGUGUACGCCGCUGGGUUUCCUACGGCGGAUCAGCAGCACCAAAGAUGAAGAGCGGAGCGCCGUUUUGGAUGAAUCGCACGAGUAACUUAAAUUAACCGUGGGAUGACACGGUUAAAAUUGUUCGCAAAGGGAGAUCAGCAUCAUCGGAUUCCGACUUUAACACUAACGUUACAAUACGAACGGGUUGAAAAUCAUGAAAUUUGUCUUUUAAUAUGCAUUUGCAGUGGAUGCAAAAUCUCUACAAACCUCCCACCCUCUUAUUUUUUUUAACUUAUUUUCUCUGAAUGUAGAAGAAAUGUGAUGAUGAUGAUGAUGAUAGAUCUAGUGUAGCAUGAGUAAGACAUUAAUUUCAACAUAAAAACGUUUCACAAGUGAGCUCUAAGUACACUGAAAGCAUUGCGUAAAGGUUGUAAAGCGGUUUUCUUUUUACAAAAUUAGCUGUUUCGGUUGAAUUAUCGGUUGUAGAGAGGUUAUGUUGCCUUGUACCACUAGCUUUUAUCACAGCAGCAUGCUUCCAGCUCGCUGUGAUGAUGCAUGUCUAGUCUUCCUAAAAUAUUCCUCCUGUUCACUACUGCUGUCAGCGGUGGGCCUGUCACGAUAACAAAUUUUACUGAGCGAUUAAUUGUCCCAAAAAUGAUUGCGAUAAACGAUAAUAUUGUUUGAAGACCAUUUUUAAAUUGAUGUAAUGGUAAUGACAUAAUAAUGCAACAGAUAUCAUGCGAAAAGAAAUGCACUUGAUUUUCAAACGAACAUUUAACACUGGAACUGGAAAACUACAUUCAACCAAAAGAGUGCAGAUUAUGAAGUCUAUGCUAUGUUACCCUUCAUAAUCAUUAGAUGUAGAUGGACACAUCCAACUACCUUAUGCAAUAGUUCACACUACACGAUUUUUCCCUUACUACAAUCUUAGAACGUCUAACGUUUUAAGAUUGGACUUGGCUACAAUCGCAACUGAUCAUCCUGCAGUGUGUGGUGUGUUCGGACUGAUUGGGUCCAGUCGGUCCGCUCAGAUCUAAAUCAGGCAUAUUCAACAUGUUGGAUUGUCUUGGCCAGUUUAUCACUGCAGCCUGUGGGGUUUUCCCCGACUGGGGGGCGAGAAGGCAGCCCGUUGAAUGUGACAGGUAGCCAAUCAGAAAGCAAGGGGAGGAAUCCCAAACAGCUGACACGGCGCAUCCCAAAAUUUAAAAUUGACCACGUCAUCUCCGAUAUCCGGAGAGGACAUCGGAGAUGUUGAAUAAACGUUGAUGUUCAUUCAACAUUUGACGAGGAGAGGAGUUGGAGCAAAAUUGCUACCGCAGCUGAUAAACCCGGUAACUUUUCAGCUGUUCGUCAUUAACGUGACAUAAACGGGUUAUAAUGAUAAGGUUAUUCAUUCAGUCAGGACUUGACGCUGAUACUACAUGCAUUGCAGGUAGACUGUAGUAAAACAUUGAUUAACCAGAUUAAUGCCUGGUUUUAAAAUUAGUUAACUGGACUUGGAGCCAAUAUUUCAUGCCCAUUGUUGGACACCACACGGCACGACCAAACCGUUAAACCUAUGAUUUCUGUCGGCUGGCUUGUGGUCUGUCAGGUUUUGAAAAUGGGCCGACGAUUCCAAAAUCGUGUAGUGUGAACUGGACUUUACGCUAAGGAAAUGAGGAAGGGAGUUGAGUCUUUUUUCAUCCAUCGUCAUCAAUAGAAAGAGAAAAAGACCGGAAGAAACGAUAAAGCCGAUGAAUUAAAAUGAGGUCGAUAAUUUUCAUUUAUAUUGCGAUUAAAUUGAUUUAUUGUUUAUCGCGACAGGCCUCGUCAGCGGGGGUAUUGGUGUGUCCAAAGGGAACUGAUGAACCUUAAAACACUUUCAUGCUACAUGCUUCACAAACCUGCCAAAAUUGUUGGCCCCUUCUCCUCUCUGCUUUGUCAUUUAUUCCAUUGUUGGGUUUUCAUGCAUUUCUGGAGCAAACCAAAUAGUCUGGCUGCUUUGUUUAAAUCCAGCUAAUGAUUGUAUUUCUCUCUCGUUACUGUGCGUCCUUUUUUUAACUGCUGUUUAUCUGUGAUGUCUUUGCUCGGAGGACAGAUGCAGCGCAGAGACGGCGCUAACGGAUCGCCUUAUAGCUCCUCGGAAAACGACUUCAGCCACUUUAGGCAUGUUCCUCAGCUUUCCUCAUCCAUCAAGACUAAAGGACUGGAGUGUGUUGUUAGGGUUGCCCUGAGAGACAGCCAUACAACCUCUUGCACCAUCAGCUGUGUUUGUAACCUAGAAGCCUAUGCACAUAUCGAAUUCCUGGAUGUUUACGUUACGGGACGAUUAAAAAAACACUUCUUUUGUUUUUUAUGUCUUAAGGACAACGCGUCCUUCGAGGUUGUUGGCUUCCCUGCAUCGUUGUACAUUCAUGACAGCAGUUUAAGUCUCCUACUGUCUUUUCUUGUUUGGUUUCUUUAAGAAUCGGUCACGACUGAGGUCGGGGAAGAGAAAAACGAUUUUCUCACAUCUCCUCCAGCUCCGCAACCCUCAAGAACUUCCCUGUUGUUCAUUCACUAAUAAGCAUCAGGGCUAUGUAUGUUUAUCAGAAUGCUUAACUUUGUAUGUUUUUCAUUUUGUUUAACGAUGUCUGUUCUGUGCGCAUGAAUUGGCUGCAGUGCUGCUGCAGAAUGUCAGAUUUUGGAACUGAAAUCCAAUGGAGUUAUUUAAUUUCCAGCAAUAAAUACUGAGUGACUACACGA